AUGUUUCUAGAUCACGCAUUACUAUUGAUCAUACUGUAUCGAGCAAUUACAAGUGCUUAUUAUCGUGGAGUUGUUGGCGCUUUAUUAGUCUAUGAUGUUACCCGCCACGUAACAUUUGAAAAUGUGGAGAGAUGGCUAAAAGAGCUGAGAGAUCACACUGAUGCCAACAUUGUCGUGAUGCUUGUAGGCAACAAAGCAGACCUGCGUCAUUUAAGAGCAGUUUCGACAGAAGAUUCUACAGCUUUUGCUAAACGGGAGCAUACAUUUUUUAUGGAGACAUCUGCCCUUGAGUCCUUGAACGUUGAAAGUGCCUUCACAGAAGUGUUGACCCAGAUAUACCGCGUUGUAAGCAAAAAGGCCCUUGAGAUUGGUGAUGAUCUGGCUGCUUUACCUAAAGGACAGACGAUUAAUGUUGGUUCCCGCGAUGUGUUUGUUAUUGAUAUUGAAAACAUCCUGAACGAUAAUGUGUCUGAAGAUGAUGAAUCUAGUGAAGAGGAUCGUGGGGCCAGUAUGGAUGUUGGCAAUAAGGAUGAAGACAAUGAUGAUGCAAAGGUUAACCAAGAAGUUGAGAUUAAUAUUAAAGAUGUCCCUACAGAUAUAAGAGACAAUCUAGAAGGCAUGUUGGAGACUGGGCCUCCAACCCAUAAUGACGUUGAGGUAGAUGUCUCAGAAAAUUAUGAAGUUGAUGAAGUCCAUAAUGAUGUCAAUAACAAGGGUAUUUGCAAUAUUGAUGAUUUUUUCCCACUGUUAAUAACAGUGAAACCACAACCAAAUAUGUAA